AUGUCAGGCAACGUCAAAGAUGAGGGACCUGUCAUAUCUCAGCCUUCGUCGCUUUCCACCAUGACAAACAGCGAUUGCACCAAAGAGAUCCCGCAACUUGAGCCGCAGUCCGAGUUUCUAGUCUGGUGGGAUGGACCAGAAGGCGAAGACUUGGAGAACCCAAUGAACUGGCCGCAGCGGAAGAAAUGGGCAAAUAUUUUUACCACAUCCGUCAUUAGCUUCUUGGUUCCUCUUGUCUCAUCAAUGCUUGCUCCUGCGGUAGAGGAGAUAAUGGCAGAAUUUGGAACAGAUUCAGAUCUGUUUGCAACUUUUGUUGUGUCCAUUUUUGUCCUUGGCUUUGCGUCUGGACCGCUGCUGCUCGCGCCUCUAAGCGAGGUCUAUGGCCGUGUGCCAAUCUACAAUACCACCAACUUCAUGUUCCUCAUCUUCACCAUUCUAUGUGCCAUUUCACAGAGUGAGGACAUGCUUCUCGCGUUUCGAUUCCUUUCAGGAUUUGUUGGUGUGGCAACGAUUACCAUAGGGUCGGGAACUAUAGCAGAUCUCAUGCCGCGAGAGGAGAGGGGCAAAGCCUUAUCUUUCUGGUCUAUUGGAACUAUACUUGGUCCGAUGAUUGGCCCUAUCAUCGGAGGGUAUGUCACAGAGGCUGCUGGGUGGCGGUGGAUCUUUUGGUCCAUUUCAAUCGUCAUUGGCGUCGUGGUUGUUAUUGCUUGGCUCGUGCUGACAGAGACGUAUCCCGCCGUUCUACUCGAGAAAAAGGCAGCAAGACUCCGAAAAGAGACUGGAAACCCAAAAUACCGGCCCAAAAUCGGCACAGAUGCAGAGACCAGCAAAUUGAUUGUUCAAAGCAUCCUUCGCCCUUUGAGGAUGCUCUUCUGUUGUCCAAUUGUGACAAUAAUGUGCACCUAUGUUGCUGUUCUGUAUGGAAUACUUUAUCUGCUGUUUUCGACUUAUUCCUUUGUCUUCACAGAGGUCUAUAAUUUCACGACAUCUGGUGCUGGACUGGUCUUCAUUGCAGGAGCGGUUGGAACUCUUGCUGGGCUCCUUUAUGUCGGCAGCUUCAGCGAUAGAACCCUAAAGAUGAGGGCGGCUGCGGGAAAGACCAUCACGCCCGAAGAUCGGCUCGCCUUCAUCAUCACAAUACCCGGGGCACUCGCGUUUCCUGCUGGAUUAUUCAUGUAUGGAUGGGCCAUCGAAGCUCGUUUGCACUGGAUUGUACCACAAAUAGGCACCGCGAUCACGGGAUUUGGUUCCAUUCUGAUCUUUAUUAGCAUACAAACAUACUUGGUGGAUGCAUUCGUGCUGUACGCUGCAAGUGCCAUUGGUGCUAAUGCAGUGCUCAGAGGCACAGCUGGGGCGUUUCUUCCCCUCUGUGGACUGAAAAUGUACGACAAGCUUGGCUGGGGCUGGGGGAACAGCUUGCUGGGAUUUGUCGCAUUGGCGUUUGCUCCUCUGCCAUGGAUAUUUGGUGUUUACGGUGCUAGGAUACGCAAAUGGACACCUCAGCUAAACCUUUGA